UCCCGAAUUUAAACUGAGUUCAAAUCCCUCAGAAACUUUUUAUUUUCAGGUUGAAAUGAAGUUUCGGGGGAAAAUCACCGACAUCGCUUGUUUGAACCACUUCACCAGAGUGGUCACCACCAUCUCCAAGCUCACCAAGACCUGCGUCCUGCGGCUGACCCCGGACCACCUGUUCUUCAUCGUGCCGGGGAAAGUCACCAACGGAGGAGUCGGCAUGUGGUGUCAGCUGCUGCAGGCCAACUUCUUCCAGGAGUACCAGAUGGAGGGCGUGACCUCUGAGGUCCAAGAGAUCUGCCUGGAGGUGAGUCCAGAACCCUGGAGCCGGGCCCUGAAGACGGUCCAAUCCGCCAAGUCGGUGAAGCUGAAGCUGACCAGGAAGCACUGCGCCUCUACCGUCGCUGCUGAGCUGCCCACCCUGUCCAGCGUCGGCAGAGUCGUCACUCACGACGUUCCUGUUGACGUGAUUCCUCGAAGGCUCUGGCAGGAAUUCCAGGAAGCCGGCGUUCCGGACUUUGAUGUGAGCGUCUACCUUCCUCCUCUGAAGAUGAUGAAGAGUGUGGUGGACAGGAUGAAGAACCUCUCUAACUUCCUGGUGAUGGAGGCCAACCUGAACGGAGACAUGAACCUGAAGAUCCAGACCGACCUGGUUUCUGUCACCACUCACUUCAAAGACCUGGGGAACCCGGCAUGGGGCGAGGACUCCUCCCAGGACGGAGGUCCGUCUCAGAGCAGAGACCCAGAGGUCAUGGCAGAGGUCACGGUGGACAUCAGGAAGCUGCAGCAGUUCCUCGUGGGUCAGCAGGUCAACCCCAGCAAGGCCCUGUGCAAUAUUGUCCAUCAGAACGUGGUCCACCUCGUCCUGCUCCAUGAAGACGUUUCUCUGCAGUAUUUCAUCCCUGCUGUGGCCUGAUCCUCUGGUUCUGGUUCUGGUCGGGUUCACUGGGAGCUGGAGCGUUCUUUCUCUACUGGACCCGGAGGAGCAGAUUCAGAACCGCCAUCCAGACUUUCUAAAGACUUUACCUGCUGAACUGAGCGGCUGCAUGAAAUGUUUUAUAUUCAUCAGAGAUGAAGGAUUCAGUGUCUGAAUCGCUUCUAUUAAAGAUUUUAAAUCUGCUGGAUCCAAAAGCCUCCAUGUGAUUCUGUUCUGGCCCGUGAUGGACCGGACCCGUCCAUGUUCUCCUCCACCCUUCCACCUGACGGAGCCUCAAAUCCAAGACAAUGAGACGUGAAUCAAGAUUCUGUUUUUGGACUUAA